AUGAAGAUGAAGGUGUGGGUGCUGCUCCUCGUCCUCUGCUCGGUCAUCUGUGUCUCUGCUGAUGGUCUGUAUGAGAUGAACUCUGUCAGCGGCUGUUCAGACACUGAUGGAGAGGAUGUGCUGAUCCUGGAUGAUGAGGUGGUCUGGUACGCAGACUUCAACAAACAGAAAGGAGUCGAUUCUCUGCCAGCCUUUGCAGAUCAUCCAAGCUUUGAAGGAAAGUAUGAAGAAGCUGUGGCUAGUCAACUGAUCUGCAGACAAAACCUGAAGGUGGCUCGUAUGGCUAUGAAGGACUUCCCCAAACGACACAAUGCUCCUGACAGUGUGAACAUCUACACUACACUAAAUAUGGAGCUUGGAGUACAGAACACUUUGAUCUGUCAUGUGACUGGUUUCUAUCCUGCUCCUGUUAACAUCACCUGGACCAAGAACACAAAGAAAGUGGUUGAAGGCAGCAUUUUUUUGCUGCCUUCUACAAGAUGGCGCCACUCCAACAAAAUGAGGAAGAGGAGGGGGAGAAACACAAUUAGAUUGAAUUACAAUUGGAUGGAAGUUGAGGACAAGGAGAAGCAAGCUUUGGAUGAGGAGGAAGAGAAGCAGCAGGAGCAUCUUUAG